AUGAAGUUUAUUGUUUUGUCUUUUGCCUCAAUGGCUGCUCUUGCUCAGGCUGCCUUUACUCCUGGUGCAAGCUUUGGUCUUCUCACUAUUCGAUCAGGCUCUCCUGUUCAUCUUACUUCUCCUUCCAUUUCUGACAACAAGUUGGUACUUGGUUCUAGUUCAGAUUAUUUUACUGGUACUUUUACUACCGAAGGCUAUGUCAAGGUUAAGGGAACCGACCUCUACCUUGCAGUUGCUUCGGAUAAGUCUAUUGUCCUUUCUUCUACUCCUUCUACUUUUGACGUUGAUGGAACUUACUUUUCUGCCGAUGGCACAGAAGGAUUUUCUGCCGUCCUUGAGAACAGCGUUUAUGCUUUAUACUCUGGUGAUGUUACUACUACUAAUACCAAAUACAAUGUCAUCUUUCGUGUCUUGUGGGAUGAGUCUUCUUCUGGUGCUUCUUCGGUUGCUUCUAGUACUGCUAAAACAUCAACUGUCGCUACCAGUUCUGCUGUUCACACUACCUCUGCUGCACACAACAGUACAGCUACACACACAACCUCUGUCAUUCAUACUACAGCGACUCCCAAUGCAACUGCUACCCACUCUCCUUCUCACAAUGCCACUGUUUCGCCUACAGUCCCACAAGUUAAUGGAGCCUCUUUUGGAGCUAACAUUAAUUGUGCUGUAGCUGUGGCUGCCGGUAUUGUUGGAAGUGUCCUCUUCCUUUAA